AUGCUACCACCAUCAAUAGCAUCAAUUCCUGAAGUGAAAGAGGAAUAUCCAGGUGCAUCGCUUAUAGAACGUACUGCACGUCUUAUUCAAAUCACUGAUUUAGGUCCUGCUGAUUUGUGUAACAUUCAUAAACUGUCAGUCACCAGUAGCAAAAAAGAACAUGAAAUCGGAACAUUCUUAUAUUUCACAGGGGUAGAUACUUCCAAUACAGCUUCAAUUGCUGCUCAUUUACAAUCAUUGGCCAAUUUAAUGACCGCAAAACUGCAAUAUUGGUUUGGUGAAAAGAAACAUUGGAAAGUCCCUGAAUUGACUUAUUGUAGUUAUAAUGCUUUCUCAAGGGUUGAUAUGCGUGUUACUGUACAUAUUCCUGGGAGAUUGGAUGUUCUGGUUGUGAAUUAUGAUGGGAAAUUGAUUCAUGAUAAAUUGGAACUGGAGGAAGAAUGGGAUAGAUUAUGGCAAGAAACAUUUGUUUCAUCGAUUGUUAGACUGGUUUUAGAGAAUGAUAAUGAUGAAGAUGUUAACAAAGCGGGUGGAAUAGUUGAGGUGCGAAAGAUAAAUCCAUUUAAUAAUGGGAUUGUAUCUAAAGAAUUAUUAAAUUCAUUCUUGAAUGGGUUUGAGCAAUUGUUCUUCCAAGGUCCAAAAUUAGGAUGUGGUGUUGAAAUUCCUCAACCAACUUUGAUCUGUAAUUAUUUGGUAGAUGGUUUUAUGAAGGUGAUCCAAUUGACUCAAACUUAUGAUCGUGCUUUAGAAAUCUUGCGUAAUUUACAAAAAGAAGAACCUAGUGUGAUAUCGUUAAUUGCUCAAGUAUUGUUAUUAAAACAAGAUGAAGUUGGCGCAGUCAAAGUGAUGAAUCAAGGAAUUCUUGAUAACAAGAGAGAUUCAAAUUUAUUAAUUUUACAAACUGAAUAUUGUCUUGAAAAAAAGAAACCUGAAUUGGCUCUUGAAUUGGCAAAACAAGCAGUUAAAUCUUCUCCAUCAGAUUUUAAGACUUGGGCUAUCUUAGUCAAAGUUUAUACUAGAUUAGGUGAUUUUGAAAAUGCUUUAUUGACAUUAAAUUCAUGUCCAAUGAAUUCACAUAAAGAAAAAUAUCAAUUAAGAAGAAUUGUUUCAUUAAAGAGUAAUAAUGAUUUACAUUUACCUUCACCAGUUGAUGUUACUUUAGAUGAAGUUUCGAAUUUACAAAGCAAUGAAAUCAGCGAGGAACAAAAAAGUUUAGAUCCUCAAUUAUUAAACCUACCAGCUGCUAAUUUAAAAUCCACUUUUGCUAAAGCAUAUGAUUUAUUAACUGAAAUUGUGGUUAAGACGGGUUGGGAAUCACUUUUGAAAUAUAGAGCCAAGGUAUUUGUCAUGGAAGAAGAAUAUCGUAAGGAUAGAAAUGCAAGUAAUGGAUCUUUCAUGCGUAAAAACUCCAGUGUUUCUAAUGUAACUGACACAUUGAAACCACAAGAUAGUGUCGAUACCGCUAAUAAUAACCUCAACACCAAUGGUGAAGAUGCUUCUUCUACUAUGGCAAUUAAGUCACCACACAGAGGUGCAUUUACCGACAACGAGACCGAAACUGAAGCUGAGCCAUCAGCUAUAGCCACAGCUACAGAAACUGAAGCAGCAGAUGACGACUUCAAGAAGAAGAGAUUGUGUGAAAGGUGGUUAGACAAUUUGUUUAUGUUAUUAUAUGAAGAUUUAAGAGUUUAUACCGUAUGGCAAGCUGAAUCCUUACAUUUCCAAGCUCAGCAAAUGGAUUACAAGAAAACCACAUUAGAAUGGGAAAUCUUGGGAUCAAUUGCAUACCGAUUAAAACAUUUCAAAGAAGGAUCAGUUGCAUUUGCCAAUGCAUUAAGUGGAAGAUUCUCGGCCAAAUCACAACGAGAGAUGUUGAGAUAUUAUGUAAUGGAAAAGAAUAAACUCUUAACCAAAAACACUAGUUCUACAUCAUCCAAUGGUGGUGCCAUUCAUAAUUAUACCAAAACCAUGAAUCAAUUAAAUGAAAAGAUUUUGGAAAGUAUUAUUAAAUUGUUGGUUUGGAAUCAUAGAUGGUAUUCUGAUUUUUCGCCAUAUUUGUUAUUAUCGCUUUCUGAUUUAAUCGCUUGGGAAGGUUCAAUUAAGAUCCAAUCUUCAGUGAGGGCUUUACAUUCCGAAAAUCCAUUAUUACCUGCCAAACAUGCCAAUUCUUCACAAGAGCAUUUUGGAAAUCAUGGAAUAAUUGAUAUGAUGAACGAUUUGGACUUUGAUUAUAUUAAGUUGUACAAGCUUAGUAAUGCUGAUGAGUAA